GGAAAAAUCGUCGCCAGCCAAUCGGAAGGGCCUCGGGUGAGCUGUCGGGUGUGUCCGAGGCCGAAACCGAGUCAGACUCUGUCCAGGCAGGGGUCUCUUCCCCAGGUCUGGUGCUGAAAUUUGCACAUGGUGAAGCGGAAUAGAAUUGCUAUCGGGGGCAGUUGGGGAGGUUGAUCCCCUGGUGGUUAGCAGAAGCGGAAGAAGAGAAGAAUUGGAUGGUUUUUCUUGGUUGUUUGCAGUGGUGUUUGUCUUUGUUGGUCUUUCUUUGCAGUGUUUCUCCCCCCUCUGGUUGAUUUGUCCCGUAGUCAAGACACAGAUCACAGCACGCCAUGCCACAACAGUUCAAAAGAUUAAAGCUCGAUCUGGUGAAGCCAGUUCCUUCGGAUUACGAGAUCUCCCGGAACCAGGUCCCUAAACACAUCUCCGACGUUGCGUCGGAGGCGGGCAUUGUUGCUGCCGAGUUGGAGCCAUACGGAUCGUACAAGGCCAAGGUCAAGUUGGACGUGUUGGACAGAUUGCAGGACAAGAAGGACGGUAAGUACGUCUUGGUUGCCGGUAUCACGCCUACGCCGUUGGGAGAGGGCAAGUCGACGACCACUGUCGGGUUGGCACAGGCCAUUGGCGCUGUGCUGGGCAAGACGUGUUUUGCGAACGUCAGACAGCCUUCGAUGGGCCCCACGUUCGGUGUGAAAGGUGGUGCUGCCGGCGGUGGAUACUCGCAGGUCAUCCCUAUGGACGAGUUCAACAUGCACAUCACCGGUGACAUCCACGCGGUCGGCAUGGCCAACAACUUGGUUGCCGCUGCGCUCGACACGAGAAUGUUCCACGAGGCCACACAGACGGACGUCGGCUUGUUCAAGAGACUCUGUCCGGUCAAGAAGGACGGCACCAGAGACGUGCCCGUCGGCUUGACCUACAGAGCCAAGAAGCUCGGCCUCGACUUGGCCAAGAUCGACGAGUGGACUCCGGAACAGGUCUCCAAGUACGUCAGAUUGGACGUCGACCCUAAGACCAUCACCUGGAAGAGAGUCUUGGACUUGAACGACAGAUCUUUGAGAGAGGUCACCAUCAACGAGGCACCAACCGAAAAGGGCUUAAUCAGAAAGACCGGGUUCGACAUCACCGUCGCCUCCGAGGUGAUGGCCAUCUUGGCCUUGUCCACCUCCUUGAAGGACAUGAGAGAGAGAUUUGGGAAAAUCGUCGUCGCCUCCUCCAAGGCCGGUGAGCCAAUCACCUGCGAGGACUUGGGUGUUGCCGGCGCCAUCACCGCCAUCAUGAAGGACGCCAUCAAGCCUAACUUGAUGCAAACUUUGGAAGGCACCCCUGUUUUUGUCCACGCGGGUCCUUUUGCCAACAUCUCCAUCGGUGCUUCUUCCAUAUUGGCCGACAAAAUGGCCUUGAAGCUCGCCGGUACCUCUGCAUCCUUCACUCCUGAAGAGGUCAGAGAAAAGCAAGGUUACGUUAUCACCGAGGCCGGUUUCGACUUCACCAUGGGAGGAGAACGUUUCCUCAACAUCAAGUGCCGUACUUCCGGCCUCAAGCCAGACGUCAUUGUCAUUGUCGCCACCGUGAGAGCAUUGAAGGUUCACGGUGGAGGUGCCGAGGUCAAGGCCGGUGCCCCUCUUCCAUUCGAAUACACCAGCGAGAACGUCGAGAUGUUGGCCAAGGGAUGUGCCAACUUGCAGAAGCACAUCCAGAACGCCAAGCAAUACGGUGUCGAUGUCAUUGUCGCUAUCAACAAGAUGUCCAGUGACACGGAUGCCGAACACGACAUCAUCAAGAAGGCCUCCUUAGAAGCCGGUGCCACCGACGCUAUUGUCUCCAAUCACUGGGAAGAAGGUGGAGAAGGUGCCAAGGACUUGGCUGAAGGUGUGAUCAAGUGCGCCAACAAGGAAUACCCAACACAGGACGUGAACGAGUCGUUCCAUACGCUUUACUCUCUAGAGGGUAGCAUUGAGGACAAGAUUGAGACCAUUGCCAAGGUCAUGUAUGGUGCUGGCUCUGUGUCAUUUAGCGAUGUUGCCAAGGAGAAGAUCAAGGAGUAUACUGCUCAAGGCUUUGACAAUUUGCCAAUAUGUAUUGCCAAGACGCAAUACUCUCUUUCUCACGAUGCUAAACUGAAGGGUGUCCCUACUGGCUUUGAGUUCCCUAUCAAGGACAUUAAGGCCAGUAUAGGAGCAGGCUACUUGUAUGCAUUGGCAGACAAGAUCAUGACCAUCCCAGGUCUUGCCACAAAGUGUGGCUUCAUGAACGUCGAAGUCAAUGAAAAGGGCGAGAUCGAGGGUUUGUUCUAGUUGUAAUUUUACUCGACAUGUAUGUAAGACGUUGUUUCUAAUUAUAAAAAAUAGAUUUCUUACUUUCUAUUUUUGAAUCUAUAAGGAUCUAAGUUU